GUGGAUCAUCUUGCGUCUCUGGAAUAUAUUCACGCACACGGUGAUGAUCAGAUGAUUGACCAUAUAGGUUACGACCCAGAGAAUUGCCAUGAAGCUUACUCUGAGUGGGACCAUGGUAGUGGUCUGCAACCUUUUGGCCCAAGGAUUCACACACGGAUUGUCCACCUCCAUGGGUGUGUUUUAUGGAGAAUGGAAGAGGGAGUUUGAAGAGCAAGCCGCCUUGAUAAGCUGGCUUGCUACAUCGGUGUUAACCAUUCUUCUUGCAACAUCUCCUCUGGCCGGUGCACUCGUCAGACAUUUUGGUGUUUGUGGUGUAAUGGUUGCCGGUGCUAUCCUUUCAGCUUCUGGCUUUGUUGCUGCUUCAUAUGCUCACAACAUCACCAUACUCUUCAUUACAAUUCCAUUCCUAUCUGGUCUUGGUAGCAGCAUGGCAUAUUCUGGUUGUAUAGUCUGCAUUUCUCAAAACUUCAAGAGGAAUUAUACCCUCCUGAACGGAGUAGCAUCAUCUGGAUGUGGAAUCGGCAUGGUAGUAUGGCCAAUCAUCUUUCAGCUCCUGGUUGACCAAUACUCCUGGAGGGGUGCUAUGAUGAUCGUAGGAGGGAUGCAGCUUCACCUAGUACCACUGGCACUGCUGAUGACAAGGCAUUCCAAAAAGACGGACAAUCAGGGGCAUAUGAAGCUGACGGAAACGGAACAGAUUGGUCUGAGACAGCUCGUCACAGAGAAAGAGCUGAAUCACAAUGGUGUCGUGACGUAUGCAGUGGAUCCGUCUUCCCUUGGUGAUGAUGACAGUGAUGAUGGAAUUGUGAUUGAAUGCGGAGGAGUGAAAGAACAGGAGGACAAAAUUCAAGUGGUGGAUUUCAAGGAAUUAGAUGAACCUGAAGAAGAGAUUGUAGAGCCAUAUGAUGAGAUCAAUGGCGUCGAACCGAAUGCGUCCACUCAGCGCCUUACGAUGGUCCGUCGGAUUAGUCGACAUGCCUCGAUCGUUGGCAAGGGUGUGAAGACAUCAUGCGUGCAAUCUACAGGACUAUCUCUCUUAUGGGAAAAUCGCAUAUUUGCCUGUUACCUACCAAUAUCAUCAACAGGAGGUGCUGUGUUUGGGACCUUUUUGGCUCAUGCCGUAUCCUGCGCUGUUCAGAAAGGCAUCCCCAAGAUUGAGGCAGCAUCCUUAGUCUCUGUCGUUGGACUGACGAACAUGAUUGCACGGGCAACCCAUGGAAUGCUUCUCAACACAGGGCGCGUGCAUCAGGUCUUUUUGUCAGCUUUCGCAUAUGGCCUUUCAGCAGCAGCCGUCUUCGUUGUUCCAAGUACUGAUAGCUAUGCUGUGAUGGUUGCCUGUGCGUCGGGUAUUGGCAUUGGGUCUGGUAUAUACAUUCCUCUUCAGAUUGUUCUGGUUCAUCAUAUGGUUCCAAAGCAUCGGUUUCCUGGUGGGAUUGGAAUGGUGCUUUUAACGGUUUGCAUCGGGAUCAUGACCAGCUCAACUGUGUCAGGGUACAUUUUAGACCAGACCAACAGCUAUCAGAUGGCAUUCAUCUUUGCAGGUUGCAUGGGGCUGAUUCCGUGUAGCCUAACUUUGAUCAAUCAUAUCAUCUGGAAUUAUUGCACGAAAGACGAGCGCUGGCCUCCGAAGGUGAACCACCUGGUGCAGGAAAAACAGAAGGAAUGAAUGAGAGGAGAUGGCUUGUCAUGCUCCUACAGUAUCACAGUCCGACCGUAUAUCCGAUGAUCAUUUGUGAGGCAUCCUCUAUCCAACAGGCACGUUGCAGGGGAGAAUACGGAUUAAUCAGUAAAAUUACAAAUGAUGUCAUAUCCCAGGAAAACUCUCGAGUUUAAAUUGUCAAAUCUUUUGAAGAGAAAUGGGUAAAUGAUGCAUUGUGUUCAGUACACUGAUGUUGAUUAACCUUGACCCAGGUGAGGUAAAUGGGUACCGGCAGGAAAUAAUUCCUCUAAAAGCUGUGUGCACCUGAUAGGUAGCCUAGCUUAGCCGGGUAAUAAUAAUAGCAGGGAGAACAGUUUUCGGAACUGAAGUGGCUACCCUGGGUAAAUAUACCGUUAUUUAUUAUUAUUAUUAGUGCAACUUGUGUGCAUAUAUAUAUAUAUAUAUAUAUAAAUAAUGAAGCACACAAAUUUGAACUUGCCUGGGCCCCUUUGCAUAAAAGUUACUAUUAUGGUAACUUUGCCAUCCAAUUGCAACUUUCAUGGAAUCCUUGAUUUUGAUUGGUUGAUGAGCAUUGUUUCCAUGGUAGCUACCAUUGGAUGUCAAAGUUACCAUAAUAAUAACUUUUAUGCAACGGGGCCCUGGAUUCAAUCCCUUGCAUGGAAGGGAAAGUAAACUUAGGUGCAAUUUCUGUUCAAACAAAGUAUGUACCAAAUUAGAAUUUACCCUCAAUUUGAGAUAAAAUAGUUUAAUAGUUUAAUUAAUCAAUAUGGUAUAAUUAGACAAGCAAACCAACCAGACAAAAUCGAAAAGAAAGUUGCAGUCUAACUUAACUUUGUAAGCAAGAUAUGAGAUUUUUCUUGAGAUCCAAAUACUUUUACCAAGAAGUAUCUUAUUUCAAGAUUACUGUUUACUCUUAAAGAAAUGGUAUUAUGUUUACAUCAUUUAUGGGUUAAUGUUUUGCUUCUUUUAAUUUCAAGCACAAUUGACUUUUUACAAAUCUUAUUUAAUUUAGUAAUGUGUUGUAAUAAAGCUUCUUGCCUCUUUUUGUCUCGCCCACCAGAGGUGAAGGCGAGACUUAGGGAUCCAAAUGUUGUCCGUCCGUCACAAACAUUAUGACACAUAACUCCGCAACCGUAUGUCUCUUUUCAACCAAACUUGGAUGGUAGAUGUACUUAGGGGACCUGCAUGUUACUCUGCAGUCAGAGGUCACAUGGUAAGGUCAAAGGUCAUUUUAAUGUCAACGUUAAAGUUUAUAUGCAAGACUCUCUUAUGACACAUAACUCUGCAACCGUACGUCACUUUUCAACCAAACUUAGAUGGUAGAUGUACUUUGGAGACCUGCAUGUUAUGCUGCAGUCGGAGGUCACAUUGUAAGUUCAAAGGUCAUUUUCAGGUCAAGGUUAAAGUUUACAUGCAAGACUCUUAUUACACAUAACUCUGCAACCAUAAGUCACUUUUCAACCAAACUUAAAUGGUAGAUGUACUUCAGGGACCUGCAUGUUAUGCUGGAGUCUGAGGUAACAUGGUAAGGUCAAAUGUCAUUUUCAGGUCAACGUUAAAGUUUCCAUGCAAAACUCUCUUAUGACACUUUACUCUGCAAUCGAAAGUCACUUUUCAACCAAAUUUAGAUGAUAGAUGUUCUUAGGGGACCUGCAUAAGUGCAUAGUAUGCUGCAGUCGGAAGUCACAUGGUAAGGUCAAAGGUCAUUUUCAGGUCAACGUUAAAGUUUACAUGGAAGACUCUCUUAUGACACAACUCUGCAACCGUAAGUCACUUUUCAACCAAACUUAGAUGGUAGAUGUACUUAGGGGACCUGCAUGUUAUGCUGCAGUUGGAGGUCACAUUGUAAGGUCAAAGGUCAUUUUCAGGUCAGUGUUAAAGUUUACUGCAAGACUCUUAUGACACAUAACUCUGCAACCAUAAGUCACUUUCAAAUCAAACUUGGGUUGUAGCUGUACUUGGGAGACCUGCAUUGCGUUCGGAGGUCACAUGGUAGGUCAAAGGUUAUUUCGAGGUCAACAUUAAAGUUUACAUGCAAGACUCAUAAGACAAAUGUUAUUCCAUCCCAGUUAUUUCACAAUGAACUUUUGAUACAAUUCUGUUGCGUACCCUUGCAGAUUGCGAUAUUUCUGGUCAUUUUCACAAGUGGGCGAGACACAACAUCGCUUAUGCCUUGUUUUUAAUAUGAAAAUGUCAAACAGAUUUAUUUUUGAAAUAUAGUGUUUUAAAGUUUGAUAGCCAUAUAUUUUUGAUCUUGCGAAGAUUAAUUUUGAUUCUGUCAAACGUUGAAAAUCCAUCUUGUAAUUUAAUGAGAUGGUGCUAUGUUAACUUGAUUAUAUCAUUGAAAUGUAUAUCCAAUUUCUUUAUUGUACCAAUUUUAAUGUGCUCAAUACAAUGUCAGCGUUACAUUAACAACUCAAGUAAAAUACAGUACUCUAAAUGAUACUGAGUUAUUUUUAGAUCAGUUUUAGGGAAUAAUUCUCUUUGCAUUGCAUCACAAUCUGCUACACAAAAAGUGCAGAACUUUGUAGUUGAGGUAUUUUCUCCUAUGACCAAACCGCCAAUCAGAUUUGUUACGCAAAAUAAUUUCCCGAGUUCGAGAUCUAAUUAAUUGCAUAUAUCUAUUAUGUAAAUGUAGCCUCUAGAUGAUACAAGGUAUAUUUAUUAUUUAAGUAUUUCUUAUCAUAUAAGACAGUACAGCCUGUACAGGGUUCUAUGUCUGAUGUUUUUAUGAAACAUCAAGAGGCUGAAUAGAGACUAAGUAUAAAACCUUCGUGAAAGUUAGCUGAGCCUCAUUGCCAAAACUAGUGUGGAUUUUUAACAGUUAGGCCUACUAUUUUCCCCCAGUGGGUUAAGAGCUAGUAAACUUUGUAAACAAGAAUUUAUAUUUUUCUUAAGAUCCACGCACUUAACCAAAAGUAUCGAAAACAUGGCUACACUUUUACAUUAUUUAUAGGUUACUUUUUAGCUUCUUUUGCUUUCAAGUGUAAAUGAUAUUGCUUGUAUCACUGAAUUCUAACCAAUCUCAACUAUAGUUCAGUGCCUAAGCUGUGCAGAGUUUACAUUUCAAGAACAAUGCGCCCGCCAGUCAGGUUACCGGGCAAUUUUCAAUGCUGUUCUGAUUAAGAAGAUCAACAACUUAAUAUAGCUAAAACCAGAUUUUAAUUCAAAUAUUCCGUUGAAAUAAUAGUCUGCCAUCGUGUAUAUUUUAAAAAUCACUGUCAAAUUGCAUGAUUUGGACCUUUAAAGCCUGGCAAAAGCGUUGAUAAAUAAUGUAAAUCUAACAGAAGUGCAGUAGUUAAACUGAAUAGUUUAACUAAGUUUUAACUUGGAACCAUUUUUUAAAACCAUUUAUGAAGUAUGAGAAAUAUACCAAUACGUUAAUCAAAUGCACAAUGCAUUUAUAAGGCAAACAUAAUAUAAUGUGAGAUUUGUUCAUGUUCCAAUUCAUACACACUGUUUUUUUUUUCCCAGAAAAUAUGAGUAUUUGUUACUUUUGAAACAAUUAUCAUUACAAGAUUAUAAUGUAAACAUGUUCUUUGUAGGAGGACUUCGGCUUUCAAGAUAUUGUGUUUGUUGAUAUGCCUCCUUUUCUCUGGUUUUAUUUGUAGGUAUUCAUUGUGUUUUAAAGUGAUCAUUUCACUUUGUUCUGAUUUAAAAAAUUCUCCUUUUGGUUCCUGAAAAUGGGCUAAACAUUAGGCUUAUAGUGUAAAAAUACCAUCCCAAAAGUUUCAAAGUAUUAUAUUUACAGGAUCAAUUUUAAAACCUUGGAGAUGUAAACCAAAGUUUGAAAUAAUUGGGAGUUGGUUUCAAUGACUAUGUGUAUACAGGGAAUAUGUGCACCACAACACAUUAAUUCUAACACAGCAUGACCUAUGAGUGUGUACAAGGUAUACACUGAAUGUACAGUGCAGCUAAUAGUGUGUGUAUAGGAGAUACACACAACAGAAGGCAGUCAAAAUAGCCAACGGACUUUUUGAAUUGGAGAAAACUGGUCAUAAGCUGAACCCGUCUACUAGACGGUUCUCAAAAUCAGGCUAAUAAAUUGCUACUUGUAUCUAAAUUAGAGUUUUUCAUCCUAUAUUGUGGUCUGUUUCAGGGUUUUUGAGGACAAAUACAGGCACUCAUACGCACGUCUCAACUCAGUUUGAGAAUUUUUUCAAUCAGCUGCUCACAAAGUUAAACGAUCCCUUUAAUUGUUUAAAUGAUCUGUUUUUAAAAACAGAUAAACUUUUAGAUUGAUGUACAUUAAAUAAGUUACCUGUAUGUAUAAAAAUGUACUAAAAUUAUUGAAAUUUGAGACAAAAAAAAAACAAUUAAAGGUUCAUUUAACAGGACUAUUAAUUGGUCAUUGAUCAGAUGUAGAUUUUGUUUGUUGAAACAGUAAAACCAAAGAUUUAACAUUUACAUUCUACUUGUACUUGAUUGAUGAAAAAAAUGCAAUUAUAAAAACUUACAUGAUUGAAAAUUGUAUGAUUAAGAAAGACGAUCUAAUUAGAUCUACAAGAUGAACUCAGUAUUGAUUUAAAAUAUGUGUUUUAAUGAGUAGAUGCAGUACUUUUUUAUUCUUGUACAAUUUUUCAAGCAUUGGACAUCAAUAAUUUUUUUAUAAUAAAGUGUUCUGUUUAAGUGCAUGAACUUGUUUGGAA